AUGUCACUCCGCAAUGGCAUAAGAAGGCUCAAGGCUGCAACUUUGCCCACGGACGCACCCACCAUGUGCUGCGGCGACGCUACAACUCUCUAUGGGGUAGACUCGGACCAUCACCACAACCGUUCCAACGGCUUAUGCCACAAUCACCUCCUUGAAGCCGUUUGCUUCAACUUUCAGCAGGACAUAUGUAAACUGCGUGAGCUCCAGCAACGGCCAAUGCGUCUCGUCAACUGUGUCCACAGUUUGGGGCAUCGCAGAUUAGACUUCUUCGGGCUCAACGUCACAACGACUGUGACGGGGGCCGUCCCGGUAGUAACUAGCGUAGUCGUUCCAACAGCCACUACGACCGUACCAUGCUCGAAGAGAGACAUCUCCGAUGAAGGUGAAGAGCUGCUGAAGCGUAAUGCAGCUCAACCACCCCUGAGGAUUGCGACGAAGACGGGACUCGCUCUUGGCGCCCUUGUCCUCUCUGCUUUCGUCCUUGUAUAA